CUGGAGCUGACGACACCCUGGGAAUUCUGGAUGGACCAGGGGUAGCGCAAUGGCGGAUGACGACGAUUCUGAGACGCAGCUCCUCCUCUUCGUGUUCUGAAUGUCGCUGACCACGGAGGCUGCAUCAGCACAAUUCAACGUUGUGUAGGCACCUCCGCACCCAGCAUUCCACCCACCACGGCUCUCUUCCGUCACAGACUUAUGCUCCGUCGGUUCAUCAGCUUUGUCAUCAUUGCCUGUUGCAGCUCAGCCAUCCUCGUAUCACUCGGCUACCACCUUUCAUGGCCGCAGAUCGCACCACUCGCAGUAUGGGAGGGCACGAAUGGACCGGCGGAGCAGCCCCUCGACCAAGAUGAAGAUGCCAUAUCGGAUAUGUGGCCUGGCCAGUCUGCGGACGUACCCAAGGCUAUGUUCAAAGAGCCAGAGAUCGAUUCAUUGAGCCCCUACCCUAUUGGCAAGACCAAGCCUCCUGGUAGUAAUUACACCAGAGCCUUGGUCCUGCCACGACUAAAAUCUGAAAGCACUGCCUGGGUGCAACAGGAGCUAGGCGAUUGGAUCGACAGCGGCCUUCUUAUACCAGCUGUGUAUACGGUCGAUGAUCGUACAGCCGACCUCCACCCGCCAAAGAACAAAGGCCACGAGGUUAUGGUUUACCUGAGCUACAUCAUUGACUUUUACGACACGCUCCCAGACAUCAGUAUUUUCAUGCACGCUCACCGCUACGCAUGGCACAAUAACGAAUUGUUGAACACGGAUGCUGCACAGAUGGUGCGGCAUCUGAGCCCCGAACGAGUCACAAGAGAAGGUUACAUGAAUUUGCGGUGUCAUUGGGAUCCAGGCUGUCCCGUAUGGUUGCAUCCAGGCGCGACGAAGGACAACUACGAUAAGCCAGAAGAGCACUUACUUGCUGAUUGCUGGAGUGAGCUCUUUCCGAUGGACCCCGUGCCAAAAGUGCUCGCGCAACCAUGCUGCGCCCAGUUCGCCGUAUCGCGAGAGCGAAUUCUCGAAACACCUAAGAUGCGCUAUGUUGUCAUGCGGGACUGGCUGAUUCGCACAGAACUGACAGACUAUCUCAGCGGACGUAUCUUCGAGCACAUCUGGCAAUAUAUCUUCACAGCCUCCCCGAUUCACUGUCCAAGUAUGAGCGCUUGCUACUGCGAUGGGUAUGGAUUGUGUUUUGGCGGGCCCAAAGAAUUCGACUAUUACUUCGAGCUCAACUACCAUGUGCAGGAGCUUCAGAAGGAAUUCAAAGCGUGGAGAAAGAAGGCAGACGCGAUAGCAAAGGCAACAUCGGCAAAUGGAAAUGUGGACGAAGCGGCUACUCUUGAAAUACCCGAGGUCGGGAAGGAUCGAGAGCUUUUGGACCAGAUUGAAGCUCUAGAGAGCGAGAUGAGAAAACUCAAGGAUCAAGCAUUGAUCAGAGGGCAGGACCCGAAACAGCGAGCGAUUGAGAGCAAGCGAGAAUGGAAGGAUGGUGAAGGCUUUUGAACACAGCUAACAUGACGGCCGUUCUCAUAAUUGAACACUUCAUACACGCUUCGCCAGUGAGAAUUUGACCCACAGCGGCCCCUUCCACCAGAUACCAUAG